AUGGCGCUCAUCCAAAACUGGCUCCCGCCCUCGCGCGAGAACUGGGAGCUUAUCGCUUGGGGCUGGCAGUUCUUCCCUCUCUUUACAGCAAUCCAAUGGCUCAACUCGUAUUACCCCGCGGGCAAAACCUCGAUAAACUCGCGCCUCAACCUCCCCGGAAAAUGGGCGUGGGCGACAAUGGAGGCGCCGGGGUUCCUCACACUGCUCUAUAUCAUGUGGAGCUUGCCGCAAGAGCUGGGGCUUGAGAGGCUGCCGUGGGAGAACUGGAUUAUGGCUGCAUUGUUUACGACACACUACCUCUACCGCGCCCUCCUGUACCCCUACCUCGCCCUCUCCCUGUCCCCAAUCCACAUUUCCGUCUGGGCCCUCGCCGUAGCCUGGCAACUUCUCAACGCACUCUCGCUCGGCGGCUGGCUCGGCGGCCACGGUCCCACCACCACUUACGACUGGGCCGGGAAACUGUACGCGAUCCAAUUUGGCAUGAUCGUCUGGGUGUGGGGUUUCCUGGGGAACAUUUUCCACGACGACGAUUUGCGCGAGAUUCGGAGAGCGGCGGGACGGCGGCAGGCCAAGGCAGCGCGGCAACAAGGGCAAAGGAAGGGAAAGAAUGGGAAGGCAGAGGGCGUGGACAAGGUCUACAUGAUGCCGAAGAACGGCCUCUUCAGGUGGGUGCUGUAUCCGCACUACUUAUGCGAGUGGAUCGAAUGGGCGGGCUUCUGGAUCGUGGGGGGCUGGGGGUGUAUGCCGGCGAGGAGCUUUUUGGUCAACGAGAUCGCGACGAUGACGCCCAGGGCUGUGCAGGGCUGGCAUUGGUAUGUGGAGAGGUUUGGGAGGGAGGAGGUCGGGGGUAGGAAGGCGGUGAUUCCAGGGAUUCUGUAG